UGUGGUUGUGGAUGAAGAUGCUGCUGCUGAAGUAGUUGCUGUUGCUACUGCGGCCUGUGGAUCCUCCCCUUGCUGUGACACGCUACCAGUGUAAGGCGCCAGAGUUUGUAGAAUCGUCGAAAGCUCGCUCAGGCUUGCUGUAGCCGCGACUACGAUCCCAGGGUCAAUCCCAAUGACUCUCAACGGCUUCUUGCUAUGUAGACUCUUGACGAUCUUAUCUUGUAUGAUCCGCUGUUCUUUGUUAUCUGCUUCUCCCACGUUGCCCAUGGCCUUGCCUCCGGCUCCUCCUUCCAAUACGUAUAACUCGGAUCUGAUAUCCGCCAAUUUUGUUUGGGAGCUUGCGAGUUCAGACUCUACAGUACUUGAUUUGCUACUACUCGUAUACCAUGGAGUCUUCCAUAAAGGUUGAAAUCCCAGAUUUCCUGUUUUGCGACCCUUUCGGAAUUCGCGACCAGUAUUCGCACGAUCAAUUUCCAAGCGGGCGCACUUCUUACGUAAGCUUGCUAUUUGCGACGACAGCUGCUUG